GGUUCCUGGUUCCUAUGUUGUGCGUUAGUGCGUUAGGCGCUUAUCGGACUACAGAGCGCUGCGCGUACCUGUGCCAUAACCCAAUUUGGAAUACGGAAAUCAGCAUGAUCGACAACAAUACAUGCUUCUUCUCCACAUUGGAUUUAGGAAAUUGGAUUUAAAAUGUUGUGACCACACUUUCUGGUCCGUGGAUCGAGCCGCCGUGUGGGACGUCGACGAUCUCAGGGGCUAAAAAUAAAUCUCUUUAAAGUCCUCGAGCGGAACGCUGUGAUGGUGAGCGUUUACGCUGUGACACAGACCGUCAAUGCAAAGGAAAAGCCAGCCAGGAACAGGACCAACACAACGGACCCAAAAUCCGACCCUCGGUGAUCAAACGAUGCGCGUAAAGGGAAUGAACCGGCGAGGAGCACUGCGCAUCACCAUCAGGAUACUAUCGGCGUGAUGUUCAAUACGUCGGGCAUCGAACUCACUUUUCACAAUAAAGAGGAUAUCUCCGAAGUUAUCAAUGGCACCGUGCAGCGUUGGUACAACGUCCCUGGUACUAUUAGUCCCACGGCCAUGUGGAACGAGUCUUGCGGCGAGCAGUUGCUGGAUUUCGGCCGGCCGGAGAAGAUGGUUAUCGGUGUGAUGUUGGCGAUCAUCACGGCGAUCACAGUGAUGGGAAACACGUUGGUGGUAAUAGCAGUGUGCGUUGUAAAGAAACUAAGACAACCUUCAAACUACCUUCUAGUGUCCUUAGCAGUCGCGGACCUAUCCGUGGCCAUAGUUGUAAUGCCGUUCGUAAUAGUGACAGACCUAACAGGAGGCAAAUGGCUUUUUGGAGAAGUGUUCUGCAAUAUAUUUAUUGGGAUGGAUGUAAUGUGCUGCACUGCCUCCAUCAUGACCCUCUGUGUCAUCAGUGUCGAUAGGUACCUGGGCAUCACCCGGCCGCUCACCUACCCUGCGCGGCAGAACGGCCAGCUCACGGCCAAGAUGAUCGCGGGCGUGUGGCUGGUGUCCGCCUCCAUCACCCUCCCGCCUUUCUGCGGCUGGGCCAAGAACGUGCACACGGCGGGCGUGUGCCUCAUCAGCCAGGACUUUGGCUACACCAUCUACUCCACGGCCGUGGCCUUCUACAUCCCCAUGCUAGUCAUGCUGGUCAUGUACUACAAGAUCUUCAAGGCGGCCCGCAAGAGCGGCGCCAAGCACCGCUUCACGGACUUUGCGCGGCGCGAGUGCCUGGAGACGGUGGCCAGCGAGGCGCUGCGCAUGCACGGCCUGAAGCCGCAGGGGGGCGUGGCCGAGGAGUGCGUCACGCUGUCCCGCCUGCUGAGCCGCGAGCGCCGCAACAUCUCCAUCUUCAAGCGGGAGCAGAAGGCGGCGACCACGCUGGGGGUGAUCGUGGGGGUGUUCGCCGUGUGCUGGCUGCCCUUCUUCAUCCUGUCCACGGCCCGGCCCUUCAUCUGCGGCGUUGAGUGCAGCUGCGUGCCCAUUUGGCUGGAGCGCACGCUGCUGUGGCUGGGCUACGCCAACUCCCUGAUGAACCCCUUCAUCUACGCCUUCUUCAACCGCGACCUGCGCUCCACCUACCGCGACCUGCUGCGCUGUCGCUACCGCAACAUCAACCGCCGGCUGUCCGCCGUGGGGGUGCACGAGGCGCUCAGGGCCUGAGGAACGCUCUGUACGUGAGUGCGUACGCCGCCUAUGGAUGCUAUCUUCCUAGCCGCCGAAGCUGUCGUUUUUUAGCCCCGGAUGCUAACGUUUCAGGUCAAUGCUAGGGGGGAGAGGACUGGUUAUGGCGACUUUGUGCUUUCUUAUAAUUGGACCUUUAAGGAUGACCUGUUCACCGGUUGUAGAUGAGACAGAGAGUGACAGAAUGUGAGUUGCUGUCAGUGGAGCUCCGGCCACUCCGAGUAGGAAGGGAGGUGGGUGAGACCAUUGCAGUCUGUAUGACUCAGUCGACUUCGGAGGAGGAGACCCACUGAGCGUAUUUGAUGGGCUAUUCAAGGUGACACUGGUUUUCUGCAUAUGCCACAGUUCUGUUCAUGGCCUUAACAAAAAGAAGAGACGAACAGUUCAUCUUUGCAGAGAGAAGAGCAUCCUCUGUGGGAUUGAUCGUCAAAGAUACUAUGCCUCCCAAAACAGGGAGAGGUUGUAAAUUGUCCAUUAAGCUAAAUCAUGUCCAACUAAACGUAACUAGUUCCACUGGAGACAACAAAAAAAACGGAAGCGGGAGACCCCGGGAUUGAGAUUUUUGAUCAACAAAUUCUAAUAAUUAUAUCCAUUUAAUCUUCUCACUGAACACAAGCCUUAUGAAACAUGACUCAAAUCAGUUGAUAAUUAGAUCAUAGGCCAUAGGACAAUCAGGAGCAACAACAAUGUAGUCCAAGUCAUGCAUAGUCCUUGUAGUACAUUUGGAGAAUGUUAACGCUGGUCAUGUUCAGAAGGGCCUUUUGGUGAUGUCUGCAUGAGAAACAUUUCUCUAACAUGCUGUUGUAUGCAUUAAUCAUGAGAUAUGAAAUAUGGAAAAUAAGUUUGACAUAGUUUUGCACCGUCGGAACUCGGCUGCGUCUCUCAGCCCAUCAAUCAUUCACAACUGUCAGAAUCAGAUGAGGAGGAAUAUUAGAUACAUUGUACCCAGAACCUUGUUUUUUUAUUUGUUUCUGUGCUAUCGUGUGAUUUAUCUAGCGUCUAGUGUGAGCUGGAGUGGUCACUGACCCGUUCUGCUCAAGAUGGCAAAAGAAAGUUGAAACCACUCAAACACGUACAACUCAACGGUUGUCACUUCUGUAGAGUUCGGUCCACGGAUACGGUCAAAUGACCGCGCCAAUCGGAGCCCUCCUCGACCUUCAACAGUCCUCCUUAACUGUAAAUAUCAACAGUCAGAUGUGCUUUUUUUCUACCUCAAUUUUUUGGACGCUUAUAUUGGAGAUAUGUCAUGUAAAUAACAUUCUUUUCAUGCACUCAAUACUGUGUUGGUUAUAUUGUGGCAGGUCUAAUCUAAUGUGUGAUUGCAUUUUAUGACUAAUCUGUCAUCGGCCUUCAGAAGCAACCUGGAUCACGUCAUAAAUAAAACAACACUUGGCUAAGAUGUGCCCGUCCUUCCUGUCACCGCCUAUCUGCCUCGUAGUUCAUCCACGGGGUUUACUCAUUCAAAUAUAAUUCCCUCAAUGGAGUGAGUCUCAGUUGAUUUACCGGUCGACUGUCAUUGGUAUACUUGUCCUAGUAAAUGCAGCCCCUUAGGUGACCCUCCUCGCUGUCGUUCUCACAAUAAACAGUGUAUCACUGAAGAUACCGUUGAAACAGAGCAGAUUGGACAGGGCUGUCAACAUUGAUAAAAGACACACUGAAUAUAUUUGAUAAAAGCAGAAUGGCGUUUAUUUAAUGAACUAGCAAAAUGCUUUUGACCUGCUUCACCUCUGUCAUCCAUUUCUCCAUUUUGCAGCUAACGUCUGGUGAAACUGGUGAACCUGGGGGUGAAACUGGUGGUGAAAGUACUGGUGACAUGGUUCAACUGUGCUGAACCCGUUGGUGAGACCGUUAAGGAAGAUGACGAACUUGCAGCACCAGGGUGACCCAAAAAAAUAGGUAUU